GGUUCAGAUUUGUACCACCACUAACUAUUUCUUUUAAUACUGCAAAAAAUUAUCUAAAAAAGCUUAGAAAUAUAUAUAAAAGAGUAAAAAAGAGAAUUUACAUUAAUGGAUAUGAAAAAGAAGAUGUAGUAGCCUAUCAAAAAAUAUUUUUAGAACAAAUAAGUAAACUUGAAUCUAGAAUGCUUAUAUUUUCAGAUGAUAAUAUGGAAGUAGAAACCUGUCCAGACAGUAGUAUAUAG